CGGCUGCACGUGAAGWUUGAAUCACAAUUUCUAGCUCUCCUUCUCAGAGCAGUUUAUACAACUUGUUCUAAGAUGAAGCGCAAAAACCGUUCUUCAAGCUCUACUAACGAUGAACGCAAAAGUAAGAAGACAAGAAAAGUUUCUGACCUAGAAGAAAUCCAAGAGCUGUCGAAAUUGGACUUCAACUCGGCAGAGAAGUUGUUCUCGUCUUUAAUUGCCCCUAUCACUUCAAAAACGUUUUUCUCUGAGUACUGGGAGAAAAAGCCGUUGCUGAUUAAACGAAACGAUAUUUCUUUCUAUGGUCCCUUAUUUUCUAAGUCUGACUUGGAAGCUGUUUUGAAGAAAGAAGAAAUUGAAUUUGUCAACGAUGUCAACGUGUGCUGUUAUGAGGACGGUGACAAGUUGUACAUGAAUGACGACAUUGGCUCCAGAGCAACGUGGACUCGAGUGUCGAAAGAUGUGAAAGAACGCAAUGCAACUGUUCAAUUUCACCAACCCCAGCGUUUUAAGGACAUUCUUUGGAAAUUAACUGCUCACCUUGAAUCAGUCUUUGGAUGCCUGGUUGGUGCAAAUGUAUAUAUCACUCCUUCAAACUCCCAAGGUCUUGCACCUCAUUAUGAUGAUGUCGAGGUUUUUAUCAUGCAACUCGAAGGCAAAAAACUAUGGAAACUUUACAAAUGCCCAACAGAGCUUCCUCAGGAUUACAGCCCCGAUUUAGAACAAGACAACAUAGGGGAACCGACCCAUGAGUUUGAACUACAGCCAGGUGAUCUGAUAUAUUUUCCUAGAGGUACUGUACACCAAGCGAUCGCAUGGAAAGGCGACAGUCACUCUACUCAUAUUACCCUCAGCACAUAUCAACAGCACACAUGGGGUAACUUGUUAUCUAGUGUUAUGAGUGAUGCAAUUGACAAGGCAAUGGAAGUAGAUGUUGAAUUUCGACGAGGUCUUCCUGUGAACUGCUUCAGUUAUAUGGGACUAGGCAUGCAAAAUGAUGGAAUUGACAAAAGCAAACAGGAGGAUUUCAACAAUCAAGUAAAACGUCUCUUUGCAUGUCUAAUCAGUCACAUCGACACUCAUAGCUCUGUUGACAAAGUUGCAGCUGAUUUCAUGGCUAAUAGGCUUCCACCAAUUGAGCAGAAGGAAGAAGCAAUGAAAGAUCAUAAAGGAGAUAGUGAAAAGGCUCCAACCGAAGACAGUGACAUAAAACUUCGCUAUCCAGAGCAUGUUCGUAUCUAUAUUGGUAAUAGUUCACAUACCCAUCUGGACCUGUCUACUGAUGAAAGUGAAAGUGAUGACRAGGAAGAGACUGAUCAGGAAGAUGAGGAGUCAGAGGACGAUGCUAUGGAAGAAAGUGAAGAAGAGGCCAAGCCAAAAAAAUCAGGAAAAUCAAAGACGCAGUCAGCCAGAAAGACAAAGCGAGAGAAAGUAAAAGCCAGGAGUAAUAUGGAAUUGACCGGUAGUGAUGAUGAUGAGGUGAAAAGUAGCGAUGAAUGUUCAAAGAGCAAAAAGAAGAGAAAUAGUACCGAACAAGACAAAAAGACAAAAGAUAAGAAACAAUCAAAGAAAGCAAAGAGCAUAGGCGAUGACAAGAGCGACAGCAAAGAAAAGAAAUCAAAAAAACACAAAAAAGAAAAGGACAACGACGAACUUAAAAAGACGAAUGAUGAUAAAGGUAWUGAGUGUGACAAUGAGGAAGAUGACGAAGAUGAUGAAAGUUUUGAUUUGGGAGAUGAAGACACAGACGACAUGGAUGACGAGGAUGACGGAGAUUCCGAAGAARACGACGAUGGACCAUGGGUUUUUGUCAACCAUUCCCUCAAUAACAACCGUUCUACUCACAUGAUGGGUCCUCAACAGUCUUCAGUCAUCAAGUUCCCUCUUACGCAUAAAGAUGCACUUCUUUACUUGUACCGUCAAAGACAUGACUUUAUACCUGUUAAGAGCUUACCAUUGGAGACAGAGAGCGCCAUGGAAUUAGUCACAUCGCUGUGGUCGGAGGGACUUAUUGCAGUCAAAGAUUAGUCAAUUUAGAUCAAUAGUCCUUUUUCCAAAAUGCCCGCCACUCAUUAGCAUACUUUUUCCAAGGCCAAUUAUCCAUAAAAAAUCUUAAGAGUAAAACGUAUUUUAACGUUCUGCAAAAGCUCCGAAGCUUCCAUUGAGUAUUCAGGUAUCCCCAGACAUACAUUUCUUUUAAGUGUUUCYCGUUUUGAAAAAUUCAUAUCAUUGCAGGUUUACUUACUAGGAUUUUACAAAACUUCUAUGUGAAGCAUAUUUCAGGGGUAAUUUUAUGUUAAGUUGAAAACAUUAUGCUGGUGAGCAGCGGGCAGAUUAUUUCGAACUCAAAUUUUGUUUGUUGAGUUAAAUGCGAUUAUGACACCUUUACUCUUGAGAAUAUGUAAUGACUUUAUUGAUAUUGUUUUCUUGCUAUCCAAUCUGAAUAAACUGGCAUAACUUGAUUCAA